CAAUCCCAUCCAACAAAAUCUCACCAAGUAAGAAUUUCCUUAUCAUGCAUUCGUUGACUAUUCCAUAUUAGAAUUGAAAUUUGCCCUGUCCCGUAUUCCUUCGUGUCAAUUGUCAGUACAAACGCAUCACAACGUCUGAGGGGUGGUGAGCGGUGUUGUAGAUCGGCCUCAGAGAAAAAUUCUCACAAUCUGUGUAAUUUAUAGUUAAUUAAUGAUUGAUUGACUUUGGCACUUCGCCUACGAACAUCAAGAUUUAGAGGGGCUGUUUAUUUUGGAUCUAAGAAUCUUCUACCAAGAAAUCCUGACAGAAUGAAAACCAAAAAAAUUUUAGGCAUCUCUGUCUCUUUAAUUAUCAUCAACUUGGCCGCUAUAAUGGAACGAGCUGAUGAGAAUCUCCUUCCGGCUGUUUACAAAGAAGUCAGUGAAGCUUUUUCUGCUGGGCCAUCUGAUCUUGGAUAUCUCACAUUUGUACGGAACUUUGUACAGGGACUGGCAUCACCUGUCGCAGGUAUUUUAGCUAUCAAUUAUGACCGCCCUACUGUACUUGCAAUUGGCACCCUGUGCUGGGCCUUGUCGACUGCUGCAGUUGGUGCAAGCAAGUACUUUUUGCAAGUUGCAUUUUGGAGAGCAAUAAACGGCUUUGGACUGGCAAUUGUGAUACCCGCACUUCAGUCUUUCAUAGCGGAUAGCUAUAAGGAUGGUGUACGAGGUGCUGGAUUUGGGUUUCUAAAUCUUGUUGGUACAAUUGGCGGCAUAGGAGGUGGAGCUAUUGCUACCAUUAUGGCCGGUAAUGAUUUCUGGGGUGUACCCGGAUGGCGGUGUGCCUUCAUCAUGAUGGCAACCUUGAGUUGUUUAAUCGGGUUUCUCGUUUUUCAGUUUGUUGUCGACCCAAGAAGAAUUAGCACUGAUCAUGAUACGGGAAAGGUUUCUGAUCGGGAUAAGUUGAUAGACAAAAGCAAUACCAGUUCGGUAACAAUUUGGUCAGAGUCGUGGGUAGCCAUGAAAUCUGUCAUGAAAGUGCAAACAUUUCAGUUCAUUGUUUUACAAGGUCUUGUUGGUUCAAUUCCAUGGACAGCAAUUGUGUUCUUCACCUUCUGGUUUGAACUAAUCGGUUUUGAUCACAACGGGACUGCAACCCUGGUCGGUCUCUUUGCUGCUGGAGGCGCUCUGGGAUCUUUUCUCGGUGGCGUAAUAGCAGAUCGGUUAUCCCAAAUAUACCCUCAUUCGGGAAGGAUAAUGUGUGCACAGUUCAGCUCCUUUAUGGGCAUUCCGUUCUCAUUGUUCCUUCUCCGAGUUAUCCCCCAGAACGUGAGCAGCUAUUAUAUAUUUGCUGUCACACUAUUCAUAAUGGGCCUUACCAUCAGCUGGUGUGCUACCGCUACGAACGGCCCGAUGUUCGCCGAGGUGGUCCCUGCGAACCAUCGUACAAUGAUCUAUGCAUUCGAUCGUGCUUUCGAGGUAUCAUUUUCCUCUUUCGCUGCACCAAUUGUCGGAAUUCUUUCAGAAAAGAUAUAUGGCUACGAUCCGAAGUCUGUCGAUCCACUUUUGGGAUCGACACGAGAGGCUUUUGCAUUGUCAAGAGGGCUCCUUGCGAUGAUGGUGGUUCCGUUUGGUUUAUGCUGCUUGUUUUACACGCCAUUGUAUUGGACUUUUAAGCAGGAUCGCGAGAAUGCUAGAAUAGCCAGUGUAAAAGAAACCGAGAUGUUGUAAAAUUUUCGUUUGUUUUCCUACAGUUUUUUGGUCUGAUAGCAUUUUGAUGUUUUGACAUGGCCCAAUUUUUGAAAAUUGCAGCUUGUACAAUGGAGUUGGUAUUGUAAUAUAAACAGAGAUGUUUUGACAUUAUAGUUAUUGUUUAAAGAGAAAAAAAUUAACAUUAGUCAA